AUGCAACGGUCGCCAUCUAGAAAAAGCUCUCGUUUGCAGACAGCAACUAGCCAAAAUGUGAAUAGUUCCACGCCUGCCGGAACAGAUAGUUCAGCAAAUGUUUCUCAAAUGCCGUCGAUACAAAAUGUCAGUUCUGUUGCCCUCGGAACGACAACAACCGUAACUAGUGCCUCUAUAAGUGCCCCUAGAGAACCGACACCUGCUGUAUCAACGCAAAACAUUUUCAGUUCAACAAGUGAAGAGCCCUUUAGUCUGCCGCCGUUAGUGCCCGGUCCUAAUGUGAGAACCCAGCCACCACAAACCAUAUCGUCUGAUAAUGAGAACCUGCAACGACAAAUUGAUAUCCUGCAAGCUCAAUUGGCAAACGCUCAACGUGCUUUAAGAGCAAAUCAAAAUUUAAAUACGCCGAAUGUUAUUGGACAUAAUGCGCCAGUCAUCCAAAGUAUUAGCAGUGGCCCUGAGAACAUGGUUGAUCGCCGGAAUCCAACGCCAUAUUCCUAUGUUAGUCAGUCAGACCAGUUGAUGACAUCUCAGCCUCUUAUUGUUUCCCCUGCUACAGUGCCCAUGCCAGUACAACGCAAACUUUAUGAUCUGCCCGAAUUUUGUGGUACUCCCGAGGACUGGCCAAUGUUUUUGUCUGCCCUUGAACAUUCGACAGCGGCAUAUUCGUACAAUAAUUUUGAAAAUUGUUUGAGAUUACAGAAGGCUUUGAAAGGUGAAGCCAGAGAGUGCGUGAAGUCGUUGCUCAUCCACCCAAAUAAUGUGCCAACAGUUAUAGAGCAAUUAAAGCUACAAUAUGGUCGCCCAGAGUUGCUUAUUCGAUGUCAAUUGCAACAGAUGAAGGAAGUUCAGCCCAUAGCAGAAAACGCGAUCGAUAAAUUGGUGCCGUAUUCCAUUAAGGUCAGAAAUUUAGCAGCAUUUUUGGAAUCUGCCAAUGGUUAUCAACAUUUGUCGAAUCCAACACUCAUGGAGGAGUUAGUACAGAAGCUUCCAAUGAGCAAACGUUUGGAUUGGGCCCAGUUUGCUUCAACUUUACCUCAGUUGCCGACUAUUUUGGAUUUUAGUACCUGGCUCCAGCGUGUUGCAAAUUUGGUAAGAAGUGUGCAAAUAAGCAGUUCAAGUGGCAAUAGAUCUAACAGUGAUCCAAAACAAAAAGUGGUUUUAUAUGCUUCUGAUGGCCCAGAACGUCAGUUAAAAUGUUUUUAUUGUGUUGGCCCACAUAAAAUUUUUGAUUGUAAGAAAUUUUUAGAAUUGAGUGUGCCUAAUAGAUGGAGUGAAGUGAAGAGAUUGAAGUUAUGUUUUUCGUGUCUCAGUGGUGGUCAUUCAAGUAAAGAUUGUCGUCGGCGUAAGCAGUGUCCAAUGGAAAAGUGCCAAAGAAAUCACAACAAAUUAUUGCAUGAAACUAAACCUAAUGAACCAAGUGAACGAUCCGUAAAUGUGCCGCCAACAGAGAGAGCUUCAACAGUCGAACCAUUGCUUAGUUGUGUUUCCAGUGCUAGUGAAAGAAGUGAUUUGUUGUUCAGAGUGCUCCCAGUGGUUCUUUAUGGACCAAAUUGUGCUAUUGAAACUUAUGCACUCCUAGAUGAAGGUUCUUCGGUCACGAUGAUGGAUAGCUCUUUAGUGAGACAGCUUGGACUGCAUGGUCGACAAAGUCAAUUGAAUUUGAGUUGGUAUGGUGGUAAAUCGGCACAAGAACCAGUUAUGGUGGUGGAUCUUCAUGUGAGCGGUGUUAAUAAGAAGAGGAAAUAUGCUUUGAAAAAUGUGUAUGGUGUCUCGAAUUUGAAGUUGCCUAGUCAGAGUUUUAAUGCGGAUUUAGUAAAGAAUCAUGGUGUGCCUUUAAACUCAUAUGAAUGUGUGGCUCCAAAGGUACUAAUUGGAUUGGACCAUUGCCAUUUAGGAUUGCCCGAUGAAAUAGUCCCUUUGGAAGAUGCUGGUCCAUAUGCUGCCAAUACUCCUCUUGGAUGGGUUGUUUUUGGAAACGUGAAAGGAGGUCGCCCUGGAAGCCAAACAUGUUUGCUGACACAGUUGGAUAAUUUAAAUAAUUUGGUGGCAAAUUAUUUUGAAACUGAAAAUUUUGGUGUUAAGGCUCUACCAGUGAUUGAGUCAAGAGAUGAUUUACGUGCACGAGAGAUAUUGAGAAAUUCGACGAAGAGGGUUGCCGGAAGAUUUGAAUCCAGACUACUAUGGUGUAAUGAUGACGUAGUCCUGUCGGAUAGCUAUUCCAUGGCCCUUAAUAGAUUUUUUGGAAUGGAAAGAAAAAUGAAAAAUAAUCCUGAAUUUGGUGCGGCCUAUAAACAAAUAAUAAGUGAAUAUUUGCAGAAGCGGUAUGUACGCAAAUUAUCAUUGAGUGAAGUCGAUACGUUUCAUCCGAGAACGUGGUACUUGCCCCACUUUGGUGUCGUAAUUCCUAAUAAGCCAGGGAAGAUUCGUAUGGUGUUCGAUGCAGCAGCAAAGGUGGAAGGUGUCUCGUUGAAUUCAAAGUUAUUGAAAGGCCCUCAGCAAUACAAACCGUUGCCAUCAGUUUUAUUUAAUUUUAGAAUCGGUUCCGUAGCUGUUUGUGGGGACAUAAAGGAAAUGUUUCAUCAAGUUGUUGUUGCUGAGGAAGACAGGUGUUCGCAGAGGUUCUUGUAG